UAGCACAUUCGACAUGCCCACUUUUUUGGGUCGAGGACCAGCUGGGUGACCCAUUAUUCUUACGCUCAGUAAUGCCCUUAGCCCAGUUCCAGGAACAGGGUCGCCCCCAGUUAUAUUUUAAAUGAUCGCGCGUCUCCCAGGCUCAGUUCAUGUCUGCUCCCGUACGGAACGCAUCUACGACUUCACUGUCUUCGGUACAACAAAGUCUGGCCGCCCCAGCGUCGAGCACUGCUUACCCGGUUUGUUGUGAAAAAGCAUCUGGUAUAUAUACUGGACAGCGGGACUGGCAUUCUUCUGGCACUACCGUCUGGGGACCGGUUGGACUGAAUCAUUUCUCGGCUAUGCCAACAAGUACAGGCGGAUUUUUAGGCAUGGAGAUCAACGGGAUGAUGAUUCUGUGCAAGGUUUGCGGCGACAAGGCGUCAGGGUUCCACUAUGGAGUACACGCCUGCGAAGGUUGCAAGGGCUUUUUCCGGAGGAGUAUUCAACAGAAGAUCCAAUACAAACAGUGCACCAAGAACGAGAAGUGCUCCAUCAUGAGAGUGAACCGGAACCGAUGUCAACACUGCCGGCUGAAGAAAUGCCUGGCUGUGGGGAUGUCCCGCGACGCCGUGAGAUUUGGGCGAGUGCCGAAGCGAGAGAAGGCGCGGCUCCUGGCCGAGCUCCAGAACCUGAAGAAUCAGACGGAGAGCGAGCUGAAAGUGACAUCAUCAGAGGAGGCUGAGGUCGACGAGGUUGCCAUGGUGAUCGCCAAGGCCCACCAUCAGACCUGUAGUUACACCAGGGAGAAGCUGGCGGCCAUGAAGACCAUCCAGCCAAUCGUGGCUCAGAACCUUCCCAACCUGCACAUGAGCAUGGUUUGUCCACUGAACCCGUUCCCGAUCGGCGCUCUGGAGGGAGCAAACAAAAUGUGGGAGGAGUUCUCCGAGAGGUUCACCCCUGCGAUCAAGGAGGUGGUUGAGUUCGCCAAGCGUAUUCCAGGAUUCCAACAGCUCAACCAGACGGACCAAAUCACCCUGUUGAAGGCUGGCUGCUUCGAGGUUUUGCUGGUGCGCCUGUGUCCGAUGUUCGACUGUAAGAGCGACAUGAUGACGUUCGUGAACGGCGUGCGGAUCCAGCGCAGUCAGCUCCUGCAGAUGGGCUGUGGCGAGCUCAUCAACUCCAUGUUCGACUUCGCCGAGAAGCUGAACGUGCUCAACCUGAUGGAGUGUGAGAUCGCGCUCUUCACAGCCGUGGUUCUGGUCGCUGCAGAUCGGCAGGGUGUGAAGGACGUCGAAGCAGUGGAGAGACUCCAGGAGAGGCUCAUCCGAGCGCUCCGCUCCAUGGUCGCCAAAAAUCACCCAGAGGAGCUCGCCCUCUUCGCAAAGCUGCUCAUGAAGCUGCCCGACCUCCGCACCCUCAACACCCUCCACUCCGAGAAGCUCCUCGCCUUCAAGAUGGACGCCCAGAACGCUUCUGAGGGGAAGCAGACGUGUCCCAUGAACCUCAGCAAGGCCGCCGCGGCCGCGCCCCUGCCACAGGUCCCGUCGCCGACGCACGCCGAGCUCACGCCGCUCCAGAUCGCCCUCGGCCACCACCGCUGCCCGCAGAGGAAGUACGAGCGGGAGUACAGCGCGCCGCCGCACGCCACGGCGAAGGAAGCCCACCGCGAAGUCCGCGUCCCCAUGGAAGUCGUCAACGGCCAGCUCACGGUGGGGAGAAGUUACGAGCAGGGUCAGGGGUACAUCAACACCGCGGGGGGUCCCGUCCUCCUUCGAGGCGCCCCUCCCUGCACCCUCCCCACAGUCAUCCCCGCCCACCUCAACCCCUUCGCAAGGUUCCACAUGCCCGACAACGUCCUAGUAGGCAACAUGAGAAGCAAUAUCCCCCUGUACAGCUAUCCUCCCAAACCCGACAGCCUUCCCUUGUCUCCCUCGUCCUCGCGGGGAUCUUCCUCCCCCGAUUCCCAAACCUCCACCCCCCCUACCAUGUACCACCUCCCCCCUGGGGUUCGCAUUAAGCAGGAACGGAUGGAUUCCGAGUCAGACUCCUGCGAAGGGCAGAGAUAGGCAGAACACACCCCGGGAAAUAUUUUUCAUAUAUAUCUAUGAUUAAGAAAGUGCUAAUUUAUAUUAUCUUGUGAAUAGCUUCUUGUAAUUAAUGUCGAUUGCUAUUUGUCUGUAAGAUGGGAUGAUGAUGAUGUUGAUAAUGGAAACAUUUGGUGUACAAGUAUGACCCCAAGCUUGGGAAAGCUGUCACUGACACAGGGUAAAAAAUAGCCUCACAUGGAAGAAAAUUGAAACAUGUUGAAUUCUAUUAUAAGGACUCAAGUGAACAUAUGACUACCAGUCAUCACCUUUGCUGGCAGGGGUGGCAAUAUGCAUAGCAUUCUUCCUUCAAAUUGAUUUCUCACAAGAACGUCUUGUUCGAACGAACAUUCACCAGAACAUACCUCAAGAUUUGUUAUAUUUAACUCAAUGCAACUGCAGGGAAGAUUUACUCUAAUACGUUCUCACCAAGGUUAGGAAUAUGUUUCCAAAUUUGUAGUCUUGAUUUUUGAAAAUUUGUAUCACACAAAUGUGUAGCUUCUCUAGGAAGAUGCUGGCUGUUGCCAUGGACUGGAGUCACACAAUUAUUUUAGGCCACAUGAAUUUUACUCUGUGGAUGACAUCCUCAAGUUUGAUGCAGAAGUCUAGAUCUUGCAAAAAACACCGAAAUAGCUGGAUUUAGAAAUGAAAAUAUCCUAAAUGUUGCAAGAAGAAUUAUUAUUCUGGAAGGUGUCAUCCAUAAAGUUAUAAGUUCAUGUAGCUUGGUUCAGUUCCUAAAGAUCAGCAGGCCAUACCUCAUGUUAACCAUACCUCAGAGAGGGGCUCUGCCUCUCAUAGAACACACUCAUGUAGCUAUCUGCUACACAAGGAAAAACAGUAGCUAACCUCGAGCCAGUAUACCAUACCUCAUUUUUACACGUGGAAAAUAGCCUCUCCCCACAUGAUGUGGUUUUUUCCAGCCAUGUUUGUAUCACUCCAUUUGGUGAAGUUUUCCAUGGGAGCCAACGGAAAGAUGUACAUAGUACUUGUUAUUGUUCUAAAGGUGUUUAAUAUGAAAACCACUCGCAAUGUCUGUACAGACUAGUUUGUAUCGUUCUGUGAUAAUGGUAUCUAGUUUUGACAGUUUUGUACAAGUUUUCUUUGUCUCGAGAUUGGGGUAUAUCAAUGAAAAUUCCUCAAGUGCAAGUUCUUGUAAAAAGACUUCACUUAUUAAUAAUAUUAUAUUUAGUUUCAAAUGAUGAUUUACUGAAAUCAAACUAUAGAAAAAUGUUGCUAUUAAUUUAUGUUUGUUGGAUAUUUUAAGCCUGUACUCAGCAGAAUAUUAUCAUAAAGUUUUUGUUGUUGUUGUUGGUCUAAAGAAGUUGUGAAGAAUCUUUCUAGACUCGAUGAGUGAGAAGUUUUUGAUAAGUGUGUAGCCUAGCCAUUGACUGUACACAUGAAUACCUCAUCCGAGUUUUGUCACUAUGUAUGUAUGUGUAUAUAGAAGUAUCUACAGUUGGCUAAAUUAUUUACUUUUCUUUCUGUGUAAACAAACAAAACAAACAAUAAAUGAGAGUGCCAACUAAUGAA